AUAAGUGUAUUAUUGUUUGAUUCAUGUUUGAUUUAGUCCAAUACAUCGAAACACCUUAUGUGGAGUCUGCGCAUUAGACUUUAGCGCAGUUUCAUCAUGUUUAAUACCAAAUGUUGGAAGUAUAGAAACCUUAACAUCGCUAUCUCGCAACGCGCAUGCGUUUUUGAAAAUGGAAAAUACAGUGAAACAUCGUUAAAGAAAUCUCAUAUAUACGCCAAACUUAGAUCUGGAAAGUGUUUAUUUAUUUUCCGAAUAACAUGAAUACCUAGUAUAAGUGAACACAAUGAAUCUCAAUUUGAAAGAAAGUUUUGAAAGAUGGUGCCGCCUGUGCGCAGAGGAGCAAGAAGUUACAAUGAUGAUAUUUAGCGCUGAAGCCGAAGCAAUGUUACUUCACGACAAACUCAACAAAUAUUUAUUGAUCGAGAUUGAUGAGGAUGACAAUUUACCAAAAAACAUUUGCAUCCAGUGCUGUACAAAAUUACAAACUGUAUGUGAAUUUAUAGAUAAAGUUAAGAAAGCCCAGGAUAAACUUAUAAACCACUGUGGAGUCAUAAAAAGUAUAACAAAUGAGAGGCAGUUUAGCUCACAAAUUGAAACUGAACAAGAAACUGAAGAUGAUAAUGUAAACACACUAAAAGACUCAACAAUGGAAGUUAGUGUUGAUCCAAUGAUAGUUUUGCAGAAUUCAGAUGACACAUUGUCACCUUUCUUUGAAAAUGGUGAAGAUAAUGUUGAAGGUGUAAUGCAUUUAAAUGGAAUAGAUGGUGAAGAUGUAACCAUUAAACUUAUUAAAAGGGUUGGUAUAGUUAAAGAUAAAACAGAAUCAACUGGAAAACAAUUUUACUGUGUAAUUUGUAAAAGAGGUUUUGUUUCCGAGUUAUCCCUCAAAAAUCAUUCUUGGACACAUAUAAAUGAUAAAACAGUUAAGAAAUACAAUUGUAGCAGUUGUUUGGAAGGUUUUGAUUUCAAAAGUGACCUUAUUACACAUUUUAAAAAACAUCGAACUAAUGGCAUGUGUCGAAUCUGUGGUAGAAAUUUCAGAAGUGAAAAAAACUUAUCUUCACACAUGGCUGCUCAUAUGUCCAAGGGUAAUAAAUACACAUGCAAAAUUUGUCAGCGGUCAUACAAUACUAUGAGUAAUUUAAAAACUCACAGCAUCACCCACAGUAAUGAGAGGCCUUACAAGUGUCACCUUUGUAAGAAAAGUUUUAAAAGAAAUCAAGAUCUAAAGUUCCACAUAAACCAACACACGGGUGCAAAACCGUACAAGUGUCCAUUUUGUGAGAAGUCAUUUGCAAGUUCCGGAAACUGCUACUCACACAGGCAUAGAAUGCAUCCUGGAAGACAAAUAGAAGGAAAAGCACCCAAACAAGAAUCUGUACCGUUAGUCACAAAUGAAACCAGAGCAUCUGAUUUACAACUGGCCACCUUUAAAAGUCCUAUGACAUCAAUAAAAGGUAUUUUCAAAUACCAGUGCCAGCAAUGUGACCAUAGUUUUAUGAAGAGAGAUAAUUAUUUGUACCACAUGUACCAACACACAGGAGAAAAGCCAUUUCAAUGCACUCAUUGUAACGAAACAUUUGUAACCAGGAAAGGUUUGCUGCUUCACUAUGACAAGAAACAUCCAGGAAGGGACCGUCCCCUUGCACUUUUCACAAGAAAUGCUUUACUUCAAUGAUCUAAUAUAUAAAUAAUGCAAUAAUUAUAAGAAA